UGCGAAGGUGGGCGGCAGCUGUGGCGCUACCUGGGCGAUGGCGAAGGCGAUGUGGCGGAGCGGCGAGCGCAGACGGCGCUGGAGCAGCACAGCCUCGGGCUGGACACGGGCGCGACGCUGCGGACGCUGCCGGCGGCCGGCUCGGCCCGGGACGCGGCCCGCAACGGGAUGCGGUUCUACGCGGCACUGCAGGCCGAGGAUGGGCACUGGGCGGGCGAUUACGGCGGGCCGCUGUUCCUGCUGCCAGGUCUCCUCAUCACCUGCCACACGGCCAAAAUCCAGCUGCCCGAGGGGUUCCGGAAGGAGAUGGUGCGCUACCUGCGCUCUGUGCAGCUCCCGGACGGAGGCUGGGGCUUACACGUGGAAGAUAAAUCAACAGUGUUUGGCACAGCCCUCAACUACGUAGCCUUGAGGAUCCUGGGGCUCGGGCCAGAUGACCCUGACGUUGUGCGGGCCCGUGUCAACCUGCACAGCAAAGGAGGUGCUGUGGGAAUCCCUUCCUGGGGCAAGUUUUGGCUGGCUGUCUUGAACGUUUACAGCUGGGAGGGAAUCAACACGCUUCUCCCAGAGAUGUGGCUGCUUCCCACGUGGUUUCCAGCGCAUCCGUCGCGGCUCUGGUGUCACUGCCGCCAGGUUUACCUUCCCAUGAGCUACUGCUAUGCCAAGCGUCUGUCAGCAGAGGAGGACGAGCUCAUACGGAGCUUGAGGCAGGAGCUGUACGUGCAGGACUACGGCAGCAUAGACUGGCCAGCACAGAGGAACAACGUGGCUGCCUGCGACGUGUACACCCCGCACAGCUGGCUGCUGGCUGCUGCCUACGCCAUCAUGAACGUGUAUGAAGCUCACCACAGCGCCCACCUGCGGCAGCGAGCCGUCACCGAGCUGUACGACCACAUCAAGGCUGACGACAGAUUCACCAAGUGCAUCAGCAUCGGCCCGAUCUCCAAGACAAUCAACAUGCUGGUUCGCUGGUUUGUGGAAGGGAAGGACUCCCCAGCUUUCCAGGAGCAUGUUUCCAGGAUCCCUGACUAUCUCUGGCUGGGCCUCGAUGGCAUGAAGAUGCAGGGCACAAAUGGAUCCCAGCUCUGGGAUACUGCUUUUGCCAUCCAAGCCUUCCUGGAGGCAGAAGCCCAGGAGAUGCCUGAAUUCACCUCCUGCCUCCAGAAUGCCCAUGGGUUCCUGCAGUUCUCCCAGAUCCCCGAGAACCCACCUGACUACCAGAAAUAUUACCGCCAUAUGAACAAGGGUGGCUUCCCCUUCAGCACGCGGGACUGCGGCUGGAUCGUGGCAGACUGCACAGCAGAGGGGCUGAAGGCAGUAAUGCUGCUGCAGGAGAAGUGUCCCUUCAUAGCCAAGCCUGUGCCUGCUGAGCGCCUCUUUGAUGCUGUGAAUGUGUUGCUGAGCAUGAGGAACCCAGAUGGAGGCUUUGCCACAUAUGAAACCAAGCGAGGAGGCCACUUACUGGAGCUGCUGAACCCCUCAGAGGUGUUUGGUGACAUCAUGAUUGACUACACGUAUGUGGAAUGCACAUCAGCUGUCAUGCAGGCACUGAGACACUUCCAGAGCCAGUUCCCUGAGCACCGAGCUGUGGAGAUCAGGGAGACUCUGCAGAAGGGGCUGGAUUUCUGUCGCAAGAAGCAGCGAGUGGAUGGGUCCUGGGAAGGGAGCUGGGGGGUUUGUUUCACCUAUGGCACCUGGUUUGGUCUGGAGGCGUUUGCCAGCAUGCAGCACACAUACCACAACGGGACUGUGUGCCAAGAGGUGGCCCAGGCCUGCCAGUUCCUGAUCUCCAAGCAGAUGGCAGAUGGAGGGUGGGGAGAGGAUUUCGAGUCCUGCGAGCAGCGCACAUACGUGCAGAGUGCCGAGUCACAGAUCCACAACACCUGCUGGGCCCUGCUGGGGCUCAUGGCUGUCAGGUACCCUGACAUCAGUGUGCUGGAAAGGGGCAUUAAAGUGUUGAUGGAUAAGCAGCUGCCCAACGGGGACUGGCCUCAGGAGAACAUCGCGGGGGUGUUCAACAAGUCGUGUGCCAUCAGUUACACCGCGUACCGCAACAUCUUCCCCAUCUGGACGCUGGGGCGGUUCUGCCGCCUGCAUCCCCAGAGCCCCCUGGCUGGGCAGCUGCCAGCCAGAGCCAGCCCCUCGGCUGGGGCAGGCCAGGAGGGGCAGGGAGCCCUGUCUGCUUGAAGAUGGGACACUGCUGGGGAUGCCACGGCCCCGGACUUGUCUUGGAUCUGGAGUCUGCGUGGGGCCAUGGCGGUGUGUGGUGCGUGG